AGCCAAUCACGUGGAGGGGAAUGGAGCGCGCGGCGGCCGCUCGCGGGCGCAGCCGGCGGGCGGGAGCUGGGGAGCUCCGGCAGCUGGUGGAAGAGGGGAGCCGCCGAGCUCUCUCGCUAGCCUGCGUGCGGCCGGGGGGACGGGCGCGUCCCGGGUUCGGCGAAGUCGCAGCGGCCCGCGCUCUCCCACCUCUCCCCGCCCCCCCCUUUGCACUUUCUUUGCGAGCCGCCCUCCCGGGACAAAGUUUGAUGGAGAAUUUCGCACCGCGCUGGAAAGAUGCCGGUGAUGAAAGGACUGCUGGCCCCGCAGAACACCUUCCUCGACACCAUCGCCACCCGCUUCGACGGCACGCAUAGUAACUUCAUCCUUGCAAAUGCUCAGGUGGCUAAGGGAUUCCCUAUAGUUUACUGUUCAGAUGGCUUCUGUGAGCUUGCUGGAUUUGCACGAACUGAAGUCAUGCAGAAGAGCUGCAGCUGUAAAUUUUUACUUGGUGCUGAAACAAAUGAGCAGAUGAUUCUUCAAAUUGAAAAGUCACUGGAAGAUAAGGUGGAAUUCAAAGGAGAAGUCAUGUUUUAUAAGAAGAACGGGUCUUCAUUCUGGUGCCUACUGGACAUUGUUCCUAUAAAGAACGAGAAAGGAGAUGUAGUACUGUUUCUGGCCUCUUUCAAAGAUAUAACAGAUACAAAGGUGAAGAUUGCUCCAGAAGAUAAAAAAGAAGAAAAAUGCAAGGGAAGAGGAAGAGCAGGUUCACAUUUUGAUUCAGCUCGGAGACGGAGUAGAGCUGUCCUUUAUCAUAUCUCCGGACACCUGCAAAGAAGAGAAAAGAACAAAUUAAAAAUUAAUAAUAAUGUUUUUGUAGAUAAACCAGCAUUUCCGGAAUACAAAGUUUCAGAUGCAAAAAAGUCCAAAUUCAUACUGUUGCAUUUUAGCACUUUUAAAGCUGGCUGGGACUGGCUUAUUUUACUGGCAACGUUUUAUGUUGCUGUGACUGUACCUUAUAAUGUUUGCUUUAUUGGCAAUGAUGAGCUAUCUACAACUCGAAGCACAACUGUCAGUGACAUUGCAGUGGAAAUUCUUUUUAUCAUAGAUAUUAUUUUAAAUUUCCGAACAACCUAUGUCAGCAAGUCUGGCCAAGUUAUAUUUGAAGCAAGAUCUAUUUGUAUCCACUAUGUGACUACCUGGUUCAUCAUUGAUUUAAUUGCUGCACUUCCCUUUGAUCUCCUUUAUGCUUUUAAUGUCACUGUGGUGUCCCUUGUCCACCUCCUAAAGACUGUCCGAUUGCUGCGUCUUUUACGUCUUCUUCAGAAGCUGGAUCGUUAUUCCCAGCACAGCACAAUUGUCCUCACACUUCUUAUGUCUAUGUUUGCAUUGCUUGCUCACUGGAUGGCAUGCAUUUGGUAUGUCAUUGGAAAAAAGGAGAUGGAAGAGAAUAAUCCCGUUACUUGGGAUGUAGGUUGGCUUCAUGAGCUGGGGAAACGUAUAGAGUCUCCUUACUAUGGCAAUAAUACAUUAGGAGGCCCAUCAAUCAGAAGUGCCUACAUAGCUGCCCUCUAUUUCACUCUCAGCAGUCUCACCAGUGUCGGGUUUGGAAAUGUUUCGGCCAAUACUGAUGCAGAAAAGAUUUUCUCCAUUUGCACAAUGCUGAUUGGGGCUUUGAUGCAUGCCUUGGUGUUCGGAAAUGUGACUGCUAUAAUUCAGAGGAUGUACUCCAGAUGGUCCCUUUAUCACACAAGAACCAAGGAUCUAAAGGACUUUAUACGGGUCCAUCACCUGCCACAGCAGUUAAAGCAGAGGAUGCUUGAAUAUUUCCAAACCACCUGGUCUGUCAAUAAUGGAAUCGAUUCCAAUGAGCUUUUAAAAGACUUUCCAGAUGAGCUGCGCUCAGACAUCACCAUGCACUUGAACAAGGAGAUUCUGCAGCUGUCCCUUUUUGAGUGUGCCAGCCGUGGUUGCCUCAGGUCUCUGUCUCUGCAUAUCAAAACCUCCUUUUGUGCUCCUGGGGAGUACCUCCUCCGGCAGGGAGAUGCCUUGCAGGCUAUCUAUUUUGUGUGCUCAGGUUCCAUGGAAGUACUGAAAGAUAGCAUGGUGCUGGCAAUUCUUGGUAAAGGAGAUUUAAUUGGAGCAAACCUCUCAAUUAAGGACCAAGUUAUUAAAACAAACGCAGAUGUUAAAGCUCUAACCUACUGUGACCUCCAAUGCAUUAUCCUCAAAGGACUCUUUGAAGUGCUAGAUCUUUACCCGGAGUAUGCUCACAAAUUUGUAGAAGACAUUCAGCAUGAUCUCACAUACAAUCUGCGAGAAGGCCAUGAAAGUGAUGUAAUAUCAAGAUUAUCAAACAAGUCUACGCCAUCUCAGACAGAGCCCAAGGGAAAUGGCAGCAUAAACAAGAGACUCCCAUCAAUUGUGGAAGACGAAGAAGAUGAGGAUGAAGGAGAAGAAGAGGAGAAUGCUGUCCUUUCUCCAAUCCACACUAGGAGCACAACCUCAUCCCAAGAGAAGAAGGCUGGAAGCAAUAAAAGCUAUCUAGGGAUAAACUUGAAACAGUUGGCCUCAGGAACGGUGCCCUUUCACUCCCCUAUCCGAGUUUGCAGUUCAAACCCUGCAAGAACCAGACAUGAAACUGAACUCCACUACUACUCCAGAAAGAGAGAGAAAAACCUAAAACUGCACCUUUCAACACUGAACACCAUUGGUCCCCCUGACCUCAGCCCAAGGAUUGUCGAUGGGAUUGAAGAUGGAAACCAUAAUGAGGGAAGCCAGACUUUUGACUUUGGCUCUGAUCAACUCAGGCAGGAAUCCCGGGUAUCUCCUGCAAUUGUGGACUCUGAAGUUGGUGCUGCAGUGCUAGUUAUCAAAGCAGAAGAAACCAAACAACAGAUCAGCAGGCUUAACCAUGAGGUCACUACUUUAACUCAAGAGGUCUCACAAUUAAGAAAGGACAUGAAGAACGUGAUGCAUCUUCUGGAAAACUUAUUGACAUCACAGAAGCCUCCAGGGUUCUGUGCAGUGCAUGGCACAUCUAUGAGUCCUACAUUGGAAAGCUUACAGACUAGAAUGACUUGGACUACACAUCAACCGUGUAUGUAUAUGCAAGCUGGGAAUAUUACUUGCACCAAAGCACAACUUUGCCAUGGUAACACGACUCCUGACAUUUGGAACAGGGAUCCAUCUUCUGUAGGGAGCAGUCCCCAAAGUACUGAAUCCCAUGUUCAAAAUUCUAUGGACAGUGAAUUUUAUUACACUUCAGGCCUUGAAUAUUCACGUUCCUGCUAUCAGGUAAAUCAGAAAGAUAAUUUGCAGUUUUUAAGAUGCACCUCUCCAUAUUCGGAUACUACCUUGACUCCUCUUCAGUCUAUUUCGGCAACUCUUUCUUCCUCAGCGUCCUCCUCCUCAGAGACUUCAUUGCACCUUGUGCUCCCCAGCAGAUCCGAGGAAAGUAGCUUUAGCCCAGGAGCAGUCAGUUCACUAAGCUUUGAGAACUUGCCAGGAUCUUGGAACCUUGAAGGAACAACAGGAGCAGUUUCUGCACAAACUUCUGAAGAUUUCCCACUAGAUGUUGUGACAAGCACAGUGGAUAUUAAAGAUAAGCGAGCCAUAAAUGUAUAAUGAUGGACCAAUAAGUGGUAUUCAAAGCAUGUUCCACAGCUGCCAGUUUAAAACUUAACCAGUACUGCAUGAGUGCUUUGUAUUGCCUUUCCUCUGGUCAUCAUGGAGACUUGCUAACGUGAAAAAUCGGAUUUUUAGAAAGCAAGUGGCUAUGAUAAGAUAUAACCAGUUCAUACAGUAAGAAACAAUUUCUAGAUUCUAGAAGCAUGUUGAAAAGCAUUUUGUAUACACAGAUAUAACUUAUGGUCUGUUUGGCAGACUUUUGUGAUAGUCCAAAAGACCCUGAGGGUCAGAGCAGCUGGAAGUCUAGGACAAAAGAGCUGUCAUAGGAGGUUUUUGUUGCUUGAAGCAAAGGCUUUUCCUGAGUGCCUGAUUGUUGUUCUCAAACAAUAUCCGUGGCACUGUUUGCUUCAGGUGACCAUGGCUCCUGCUGGUUUAUUUGUCAGUUCCGUGAAGGCAAAGGGGCAAUUAUCGCUGCAUGUCAUCUCCUAGACAAUCAACCAAAUAGAAUUGAUAGAGAGUGGUUAGUUGUCGCACAUUAUUUGUCAUGUAAAUGAAACCUCUUUAUUUAUCAAAAAAAUACUAUUUUUAUAUACUUGUAUGAAAUCUGUACCUAAAACUAUUUAAAAUAUUUAUAAGAAGAAUAAGGGUUUCUUUUCAUUUGGUAAAAGCUUGCAGUUUUAACAAGAAAUGCACUAUCAUCAUGUAGUAGCUCAAACUAUUUAUUGUUAAGACUAUGUAGUUUAAAACUGGAUCCCCUUUUAUCUGCAUGCUGUUUGCAAUGAAUGUAUCCAUGCUGGAGGAAUACAAAUAAAAGGUCGUAUUUUAUUUAAAAAAAUAAACCUGGCAUGUCAAGUCAGAUAUUAGUAUUUUAGCAUGUGAACUGUGCUAUGCUAAUGAUAUUCAAAGCCCUAGUUUUGUCCUAUAGUAUUGUAUUACCGCCUCUAUUGUUAAAGCUGGUCCAGUUCAAUAGAAUUUCUAUUUUCAGGGAGUUAAUACCUUUUGGUCAACAAAAUUCAAUGAGAACUGAAAAUUGGCAGGUAAAAUUGUAAAUUAAAAGCAAUAUUUUUUUAAACAAAUUAAAAAAAUAUUUAAGCUAUUUUAAUCAGCAAGAAAAGAAGGAACAAAUAAUUAAUCUUGAACUGUUUAUCUAUUGGUUUGUAUUUGUACACCAAAAAAUAGCUUUGAUCUUUAGAAAAAAAAGUUAAAUUUGGCUAGUGAUUUUUGUUCACAAAAUUGUUUAAUUGCUUUUGGUAUUU